AUGGAUUACAUAUACACCGACGGAUACACUGACGCAUUCCUUUCUGGACCCAUAAGCCGACUAUAUUUGCCUAAUGACCAUCGGUCGCUAUCACUGGAGGAGGCCGCUAGUUACAACCCCGGUAACAUCACAAUUGAGGAUUACUUCUCGCAUGACCCUAGCACAAAACCGAAGAGUGAAAUCGGUAGACCUAAAGUGAUGACUGCUAAGCUGAAGACUUACAAGGCUCACAUUUGGCUGUGUGAAGACUAUCCUCUCUCGCUGAAAGAUCAAGUCCUGCCUAUUGUGGAACUCAUGGCUGAGUACAACCCCUUCUUCCACAAACUGGAAGAAUUCCUUACCAAAAAGAUUCCAAAUGGAUUCCCUAUGCGUGUCGAAAUACCACUGUAUCACAUACUCAAUGCUUGCGUGACCUUUGGAAAUCUCUACGGAGCUGACGCACCUGCCUAUGGAGUUAUCUGCGACCGUACUGGUGCUAACUCGUCGAUAUCCAGCACAUCAGGUGAACCUCUGGUUGAACAUUUGAGCCAAGGUGCUGCCCAUCACAAAGUGGAGCCUACUUCUUGCGUUGUGGAGGACUGUGUCUUCGAUGUUGGACGUGGAUAUCAUGUUGUCGAGGAGGCUUCACCGGGUCAUUUCGGAACCAUUGAUGAGGAAGAACAACUUGUCCAAAUGGCCGUUCAGAGAUCACUGGUGGAAUACGGUGGUGCUGAACAUCUCACUCAACGCCAAUACUCUUUGGCCAAGCGUGGAGUUGUCGAAGCCCGUCCGGGUGAAUAUGUAGAUCCUGAGGAAGCUAUGAUACAAGAAGCCAUCGCUGAAAGCUUCCAACAAGAAAGUGGAUUAAGUGAUUUGGAGCAAGAAUAUCUCAAAGCCUUGGAACUCUCCCGAGAAGAACUUGUCCAAGAAGAGGAGCGCCGAAAGAAGGAGGAUGAGGAGUUGGAACGUGUUUUGAAGCUUUCCUUAGUGGAAAAUUAG